UCCUCGUCCUCCAGUCCAGCAGGCGUCACUGUUGUCUCUGUUUCCUGCCGCUGGAUCGCUUUGUCCGCUCCGAGACUCAAAGUGCGCAAAGAGGAGGAAGAUGUCCGACGUGCAGCUGCUGCGGGUGUCGGUACAUGAGCGGAUCAGCGCCGUCGCCGAAGACUUUCUACUGCAGCUGGAGAAAGGAGGAGAAACGGCUCGAGUCCCGGCUCUGAGAGCAAUGCUAACCGAGCGGCUAACGGCUGCGGGGGAGGAGAUCCUGGCGGUGUUCGAAGACAAAAUGGAGCGGUCCGAGCGGGAGAUCUGCCGCGAGAGGAGGCUGCUGGAGGCCGUGAUGAUGCCCGAACUCCGGCUGCACCGAGUUGACAUACAGCAGCUGAUGGUGAAUAAAGAAGAGGUUCCCCCUAAGCAGCAGCAGUGGAGCCCCAUUGUGGACCAGGCGGACCCAGAGCCCCCCCACAUUAAAGAGCAACAGGAGGAACAGUGGACCAAUCAGGAGGGAGAGCAACUUCAACAACUUGAGCAGGCUGAUAUAAAGUUCACAUUGACUGCUGUCACUAUGAAGAGUGAAGAAGAUGAAGAGAACCCAGAGUUGUCACAGCUUCAUCAGAAUCAGACUGAGGAGAACAGAGCGGACUGUGGAGAACAAGAACCAGCCAGGAACUCAGGUCCUCAUGGACAUUUACAACAAGGUACUGAGGACAAGACUGAAGACUCUUCUGAGACUGAGGACAGAGAAGAUGAUUGGAUGCAGACCAGGGAACCUCAGUCUGGUUUAAAUUCAAAAAAUAACAAAAAGCCUCUAAGUGAUAUGAAAUCAUUUGUAUGUUCUGACUGUGGUAGAAGAUUUCCUCAUAAGUGCCGUCUAACUUCACACAUGAGGACGCAUAGAGGAAAGAAACCGUUUAGCUGCUCAGAGUGUGGUCUAAAAUUUAAAGAAGAAUGUAAUCUAACUUCACAUAUGAAGACUCAUACAGGAAAGAAACUGUUUAGUUGCUCCGAGUGUGGAGAAAGAUUCAGAAGAAAGAUCCAUCUAACUUCACAUAUGAAGACUCAUACAGGAGAGAAACUGUUUAGUUGUUCCGAGUGUGGAGAAAGAUUCAGAAGAAAGAUCCAUCUAACUUCACAUAUGAAGACUCAUACAGGAGAGAAACUGUUUAGUUGUUCCGAGUGUGGAGAAAGAUUCAGAAGAAAGAUCCAUCUAACUUCACAUAUGAAGACUCAUACAGGAGAGAAACUGUUUAGUUGUUCCGAGUGUGGAGAAAGAUUCAGAAGAAAGAUUGAUCUAACUCCACAUAUGAAGACUCAUACAGGAGAGAAACUGUUUAGUUGCUCCGAGUGUGGAGAAAGAUUCAGAAGAGAGAUCCAACUAACAGUACAUAUUAAGACUCACCCAGAAGAGAAACUGUUUAGUUGUUCCGAGUGUGGAGAAAUUUUCAGAAGAAAGAUCCAUCUAAUUUCACAUAUGAAGACUCACACAGAAGAGAAACUGUUAAGUUGUUCCGAGUACGGAGAAAGAUUCAGACAAAAGAUCCAUCUAACUGUACAUAUGAAGAUUCACACCGAAGAGAAACCGUUUAGUUGUUCCGAGUGUGGAGAAAGAUUCAGAGAAAAGAUCCAUCUAACUGUACAUAUGAAGAUUCAUACAGAAGCGAAACUGUUUGUUCUCCUGGUCCCCCUUGUGGACCAGGAGGACCCAGAGCCCCCCCACAUUAAAGAGCAGCAGGAGGAACUGCGGAUCAAUCAGGAGCGAGAGCAGCUUCAAGAACUUGAGCAGGCUGAUAUAAAGUUCCCAUGGACUGCUGUCCCUAUGAAUGGUGAAAAAGAUGAAGAGCAACCUGAGUUGUCACAGCCUCAUCAGAGUCAGACUGAGGAGAACAUAGCGGACUGUGGAGAAGAAGAACCAGCCAGGAACUCAGGUCCUGAUGGACAUUUACAACAAGGUACUGAGGACAAGACUGAAAACUCUUCUGAGACUGAAGGCAGUGAAGAUGAUUGGAUGCAGACAUGGGAACCUCAGUCUAGUUUAAAUUAAAAAAAUAACGAAAAGCCUAUAAGUGAUAUGAAAUCAUUUGAUUGUUAUGAGUGUGGAGAAAAAUUUGGACGACAGAAGCUUCUAAUUUUACACAUGAGGAUUCAUACAAAAGAGAGACUGUUUAUUUGCCCCGAGUGUGGAAGCAGAUUCUUACAAAGGCGCCUUCUAAAUAAUCACAUGAAGGAUCAUACAGAAGAGAAACAAUUUAUAGAUAAAAGAUUUAGACGAAUGGCUGAUGCAUCUUCAUAUUAUUAGUGAAGGAGAGAAUUUCUUUCACCCUAGAAAAAAUAACUCAUUGAAUAACAUGAAAGAUAUCGUUGAUAUUUUUUGUUUCUACAGAUUUGAUUUACGCAAGUAUUUUUCAUAAUGUCCUGUGUGUAUUGUAAAAAACACGCUCUAAAUUAACAGCUGAAUAUACAUAAGAGAAGUCAUACUGGAGAUAAACUAUUAAAUUGCUCCUAGGGUUUUAAAAUAAUUAAACUAAUGGGUAAUCUAACUGUGUAUACGAUUAGUCAUACAGCAGAUCAUUAUUUUACUUGCUCUCAGUGUGAAAAAAGAUAUUUCUUGUUCUCACUGAUUUAUGCCUCAUAUAAUACACACCUAUACAGUGAAGGAAAUGAUACCUUGCAGAUUUUGUAAGUUUGACCACUGACUAAAAAAUUAACAAUCGUUAAUGGUAGGUUUAUUGUAGCAUUGAGAGACAGAAUAUCAACAAAAUCACCAAGCUACCUGCCGAUGGUCUUGUAGCCCAUUCCAGCCUUGUGCAGGUCUAAAAUCUUGUCCCUGGCUUCCUUAGACAGCUCUUUGGUCUUGCCCAUGGUGGUGAGGUUGGAAUCUGACUGACUGAUUCUGUGGUAAGUGUAUGAGUUGUAUAUAUGUACAAAUAAAUAUGUAUAAAUACACAUUUAUAGCUAAAUUUGUAUUAUCUUAAUUGCAUUUAUUAUUACAUAUAUUUUUUGUACAAGUAAACAAUAUAUUCCUAGGUAUAUAGGAAGCUUGUUAAUUAAUGACUUAUGGAGAAGGGGUGAGAUUAAAUAAGUUUGUGCUCUUCACUCAUUUUGGAAUAUGUAGAUGAAGUCUUGAAGUCUGCUCAUAACUAAUUGAAAAUAUAUAUUUUUCAGUUUAUAUUUUUUACAUGUUGGUGUAAAUGUUAUUUUUUUAUUUGCAUGUCCAAACUAAAUAAA